CUUUGAGCUAUGAUAUCCUAUUUACCAAAUUUAAGGAACUGUUUCCAGAAGGAACAAGAGAAACAAUGAAAAAGAAAAUAAAUAAAAUAAGAACAUAUUUUAGACGUGAAAUGAAGAAGUGUUUAGCAAAGCUAUUUUGUGUUAGGUUGAGGACUCUAAACGUACAGGAUCAGGUGUUGAUGCCAUUUACGAGCCUUCACUUUGGUACUAUGACCUAUUACUAUGUACAGCAGAAAGUGAAAGAAAACUAG